AUGUCUAAGAUCACUACUUCUCAAGUUAGAGAACACGUCAAGGAAUUGUUGAAGUAUUCCACUGAAACCAAGAAGAGAAACUUCUUGGAAACCGUCGAAUUACAAGUCGGUUUGAAGAACUACGACCCUCAAAGAGACAAGCGUUUCUCUGGUUCUUUGAAGUUGCCAGUCUGUCCAAGACCAAACAUGUCCGUCUGUAUCUUCGGUGAUGCUUUCGAUGUUGACAGAGCUAAGUCCUGUGGUGUUGACGCUAUGUCCGUUGACGAUUUGAAGAAGUUGAACAAGAACAAGAAGUUGAUUAAGAAGUUGUCCAAGAAGUACAACGCUUUCAUCGCUUCCGAAGUCUUGAUCAAGCAAGUUCCAAGAUUAUUGGGUCCUCAAUUGUCUAAGGCUGGUAAGUUCCCAACUCCAGUUUCUCACAACGAUGACUUGUACGGUAAGGUCACUGAUGUCAGAUCCACCAUCAAGUUCCAAUUGAAGAAGGUCUUAUGUUUGGCCGUCGCUGUUGGUAACGUUGAAAUGGAAGAAGAUGUCUUGGUUAACCAAAUCUUGAUGUCCGUUAACUUCUUGGUUUCUUUGUUGAAGAAGAACUGGCAAAAUGUCGGUUCCUUGGUCGUUAAGUCCUCCAUGGGUCCAGCUUUCAGAUUGUACUAA